GAGCUUGGAGAAACAGAGAUCCGACCAGAACUAGUACCAUUUUGUCUAGGUGAUAUUUGUCUGUUCCUCGUCAUUCCCAUUUUGUCGGUUGUUGCUUUUGUGUCAUUGUGUGUGUAUGAGGGUCAUUGUGCACAAUUUUCCAUCCCAUAGAGGCUGGAAAAGCAUAGGAAACCUCAGAUAUUUGCAAAUCCCAUUCCCAAAACCACCUCCAAUAUCUUGGCCGGGUCUCUAGCAUUAUCGUCCAAAAGGAUAUUUGAUAGUUCUCCAAUCUAUGUAUUAGGAAUUCCAAUUAAGCGCUUGUUUCAUGGCUGAUCUUCAUGUUGUGCACGCAGAAAACCCUCCCGCCCAAACCCCACUUCUCAAUUCAAACCAAAACCACAUUCCUCCCCAAGAACCACGACAGCAACAACAACAACAACAAAACGAAGAGACCCAUUUAGAUCAGACACUCAAAAAGUUGGAAAAGUUUCUCACUUUCCUCGGGUUUAAGCAGUCGUCUUGGAGGAGCUCAGCUCUGUCUUGGACUGCUUUCGUGCUCAUAAGUGUGGCACUCCCUGUUGUGGUGCUCGAGCUCUCCGACUGUUCGGGGUGCGAGAUGUACCAGAUUAAGGCUUUCGAACUGGACAUCGUGGCCUCGCAGGCGUGCCUCGCUGCUGUCUCUUUGCUCUGCAUUUCCCACAAUCUCCGCAAGUAUGGGAUUCGAAAGUUCCUCUUCGUUGACCGAUCCAAUGGCCAAAUGUCACGCUUUCAUGACGUUUACGUUAGGCAGAUUUUGGCUUCUUUGCGCCUCCUCAUAUAUUGGGCACUGCCAUGUGUCGCUCUGAAGACUGCACGGGAAGUCAUCCGCAUGUUGUAUGUAAAUCAUGAAUCAUGGUGGCAGUCAGUUGCUAUUUUAUUAGCUUUGAUUAUACCCUGGACUUAUGUGAGUAUGAUCUCUCUAUCAGCCAGCGUUUUGUUUCAUAUGGUCUGCAAUCUGCAAGUUAUCCACUUUGAUGAUUACGGGAAGCUCUUGGAAAGAGAAUCAGAUGUCUUGGUUUUUAUGGAGGAGCACAUCCGUUUGCGGUAUCAUCUGUCUAAGAUAAGCCAUAGAUUCCGAAUUUAUCUUCUUCUAGGGUUCUUUGUCGUCACAGCAAGUCAAUUUGUGACCCUACUGCGGACCACAGCAUAUAGUGGAAUAAUUACUAUAAUAAAUGGCGGCCAUUUUGCAGUGUCCACAAUUGUUCAGGUUGUUGGGAUUAUUAUUUGCUUGCAUGCAGCCACAAAAAUUUCCCAUAGAGCUCAAGGUAUUGCAUCUCUUGCAAGCAGGUGGCAUGCUUUGCUAACAUGCAGUUCAACAGAUUCAUUGCAUAACAGAGUUUCCAACAAUGUGGGGAACUUGGAGGCUGCAAUUAAUUUGGACUCCAUGGAAAUAAAUUACUCUGAAAGUGAUUUGGACUCGUCGGAUUAUGUUCCAAUUCCUAUUAAUGCUCAACUGGCUUCCUAUAUGUCCUCAUAUCACAAAAGACAAGCCUUUGUAACUUAUUUGCAGACAAAUCCUGGAGGAAUCACGAUAUUUGGUUGGACGGUUGAUAGGGCCCUCCUCAACACACUAUUUUUCAUCGAACUGUCUCUGGUAACCUUUUUGCUCGGCAAGACAGUAGUUUUCACUUCAAACUGAGUAAAGAUUCCAUAACGCCACGGUUGCUCCUCGGAUCUUCCACUCUCGAGUGUCAACAUUAGCGCCAGGAAAGUAGUCGAGGAAACUGUGAAGCCAUUGCAGGGGCUACCUCAGAUCUUCUGGAUAAAGCUUACCUGGUGCUACACAUAGAAUUCCAAAUUUUUGUUGCGAUAUCUUAACAUUCAUCUGAAGUGGUUAAUGCAAAGACCUUGAUCCUUUGGAUGAAACAUGGUGACUGGUGUCAUAGGUAACUACUGUUCAUUAGAGCGAGACAGCCGUUGCCUGUUGGAAUCAUCUCUCUCAAAUUUCUGUUUUGUAAGAUUUGUACUCCCACCAGCACAAAGGUUUCCCUGACCUACCAGAACUCCAACUUCAGACCUGUGAUUUAGGCUUCAGCAUGUCUUUUCAAUUUUAUUUAAUGUAAUAUUUGUUUCUAAAAAUUUAUUCUGUUUCUUGGCUUAAGAAUCGUUUUUUUAUCUUGACUAAAUUCUAAGAGAAUGAUCAGUUUUCACGAAA